ACCAUGACAUCGAAGAAGAAGUAGUAAACGGAAGUGAACAGUAAUCAAGAACAAUUUCCACGUUAGCAUUUUUAUUGUUGUUAUUUAUAGGUUUAUUAACACAAUGGGGGAAAAAAAUGUGACUAAUUUUAACUGCAUAGCAUCACAUACUUACAGUAGGUAGUCUUUAAUUCGCGUUGGAGACAGGACUUGGUUGAUAGAGCUACGUAACGCUAGCUAGUUGCUAACAAUGGCUAACUGUAUGGUUUUUCACACUCAAAUAGCUUCCAUUAUGGAGGUGCUAGCGAAUGCAGCCGUGGCAGAGAUCUGUAAACUUGUAGACGACGACUAUGCAGUGUUUCGAUUGGAAAUUUCUCAAAGUCAGAAAGAAAACAGGGGGUUGCGGAAGAAACUACAACUAAUGGACAUGAAGGUGGCACGGGAGCGCGUCCUCGCCAGUCGUCCAAGUAGUGUCAAGGUCGUCGACCGAUACAGAGGAAUAGCAAGAGGUGAAGGACUUUUCACUGGAGGCCACAUGAGCUUUGUGAAGCCAGCGGGACACAGUGCAUGGACAGAUGACCAACCAAUCACUGUUGAUGAGGGGAGUGGAACCUCAACCCAGCAUGUUAUCAUGAUAGAGUCUGCAGAGGCUGCAGGUACUGGAGGAUUGUCUCUGGUCAAGCAGGAGACGACUGAAAGAGACGACCCACAACACAGCAGAAAUAUCCAGACUGGAGCAGCGGUUGGAGUGGCGCCUCCUGUAGCCACGGCAGACCUCGCCACGGUGCCCCAGCACAGGAUCCGACACAGCAUGACGGAGGAGGAGGAGGGUCCAGAGGUGCUGCUGGUGAAGGAGGAGGGGUGUGAGGACGGUCUGGGGAACCCUGAGGGAACCAUGGUCAUGGAGGAGGGAACCAUGGUCAUGGAGGACAACCAGACUACACCACCUCCUGAACCCACAGAGGAACCAGCUGAGCAGCACAGGACCACACACAGACUCACUGAGUCAGUAGACAUGGAGAAUGGGAAGCCUGAUCUGCUGCUGGUCAAAGAGGAGACAAUAGAAGACGGACCAGAGAGCAUUGAUCUGCUGAGUGGACUAAAGAUGGGGGAGAAAGGUGGUUGGCUGGAGGCUAACAGAGGAGACUGGUUGGCCAUCUUGGAUUCCCAGACCCAAUCCAGUGCAGCCAAGGGCCCAUGGGACAACAUCACUGAGCAGGCCAGGUCCAGAGACGACAUAGUGGAGGUCAGUGGAUGGGACAUCAUCCUCAACUCUGGGCUGGGGAACAACACUGUUAACCAGAAACAGACAGUGGAACACAAAACAACCACCAAACUUAAUCUCUAUGACAACAGACUGGCUGAGACCAAGGCGAGGCGUAGAUUUGGUCUGCGGGGACGGGGAGGCCAGGUUCGUAUGCAGCAGGAGCGAACAGACACAGACGUGGCUAGUGAUGCUCCGUCCUGCUCCUAUAUUUGUGAUUCAGAGAGACUGAUGGCGCCUCAGGUUAACCCCCUAACAGAUGCUGCCUUCAGCCUGCCUUCUAUAGGAUCUAUCAACUGGAACAUGGACCCUGUGACAACACAGACACUCCCUGGCCUUCGUCCUCCUCACACUCUCCUAAUGUUAAACCAGACCUCAGACAAUGCCAGUGCCUCAACACCAAAUGGCUACACAAGCCCGUUGACAAAUGAUAGUAGUAGCAACGCUAUCAGUAGAUCUGGUGGCAAAGAGAAGCGCUUCCAGUGUUCGUUCUGUGGGAAAGCCUUCAGUUUCGCCAAACAGGUGGAGAUCCACCAGAGGAUCCACACGGAGGAGAAACCGUUCGGCUGCCACCUGUGCGGGGCCAGUUUCUCCCACUUGUCCAAGCUGAAGAGGCACCAGAGGGUCCACACAGGGGAGAAACCCUACAGCUGCCCCCAGUGUGAGAAGAGGUUCUCCCACAAGCACCAGCUGAAGAUGCACCUGAAGAUGCACACGGGAGAGAGGCCAUUCGCCUGUAUGCACUGUGGGAAGAGGUUCUCAGAAAGGAGCUACCUCAGGAUACACCAGCAGAAAAUGCACACGGCCCAUGUAUAGAGUAUAGUGAUAUGUAAUGUAGUACUAGUUAGUUUGUAGUUAAUUCUGUUGGUUUUGGAUGUAGUAGGGAACUGGAUGAGGUGAACUGAGGAAAGAAUGAGUAUGAUGAGGCAGAGUAGAUUAUAUGGUGAUGGUUGGUGAGAUGGUGUCUGUAAAAAUGCUUCACUGAUGAAGAGUGACAACUUAAUUCCCUUUAGGUUGAUACAGGUGUUUUAUAGUGAGAUAAGGAUAGUCAGUGCCUUAAUUCAUGUUUACUUAACAUAAAAUUGUGAAGCUGUUGUAAUGUAAUGAUGAACCUUUUCCAAAGUAUUCUAAAAUGAAUUUUUAUCAAAUCGAGGGUACCAGAUUUACUUGUCACGUAUCAUUUUGUGCAAUAAAAGUACUGUACUUCA